AUGGAAUCCCUCCAUGAAAGCCUUCAGGAAAAACUCAAGAAGAUAUCAGACCCAUAUUACUUCGAGAAGAGUGAGCAGGAGAUAUACUGAGUACUCGAAAGUCCGACCCAACUCCGUUGUCAAAGGAAGUACCUCAUCAACUACCUGUUGUAUCUCCAAGAGAACACUAGUAUCUACGCAAAUCCGAACGAUACAAACCUCAUUGUUCUCCUGUUCAACUCAAUUUUCAACACAGGGUUCAGAUCAAACGUGCAGGAAGAAUCAGAAAUUAACCCAAAAGAGAUGGCCAAAAGGACCAAAAGUAUCAGUAUGAAGAAAAUGAGCGCUAAACUUCCUAAAAGUUUCUCCCUUGAGUCUGUCAAGGAUGCUACAAAAUUCAACUAUAGGCUACAUGGAGCGUAUAUGAAGCUACAUUACUCCCUCAGUAGCUUGUUUCCUCACUUCACCUCUAUCCACUACCCAGAGAGCUUGAUCAUGGAAGUAUUGGAAGACAAAGAAAUCUGAAAUUUUUGGGACCUAAUCGAAUGACUAUUCUCAGACCAUUUAAUAAUCCACUUUAUCUCAAAAUGGUGUAAAAGACAAGGUAAAAUCUCAGUGAAAUCCAUCCAAUAGUAAUAUUUUAUACAACCUAGCCCACUUUGAAGCUAAUAAACGCUU